AUGUCGUCUCGAAAGCGACCCCUGUCGGAACUGCGCAACGCUCAAACACCCACCAGAUAUGCGCCGUCUACACCACACGCGAUCCACGCGCUCCAACAGCGCAGCGGUGCGCUAACACGAUCUGUCCGACGACGGCCCAGGGCGCUCAGUGACUCCGUGCGACCAGACUCUGCAAGAGGGAUUCUGCGGCGACUUGCGAAACUCACCGCUCCUGCGACAAAGAAGACAAUACCGACUCCUGCCGGCGCAGCCCGGGGAAAGGAGAAUCAGACGCCACACACUGCUCCUGACGUGAACAGCGAUGAUGAGACAGACUUCUCAAAGCGACCACGGCUGGGGCUCGAUAUUGACGACAGUCUAGAUGAUGUCGAACCGCCGAUUGCUGCAGAGGAGGUGGAGGACGAUGAUAGCGAGUUGCCCACGGCUCCUACGCCUUCUAUUCUACCAGAGGAAUACGAGCAAGGCCGAAGACAAGAUCCGAAUAUCACCUUCCAAUCAAUUGAUUUUGCACGAGAUGCUGGGCGCACUUCCGCAAUCACGGACAGAAGACAGUCUAGACUCUCGCGCUUCGGCUCCGGUGACCAGGAAGACAACGAGACCGACGACGAUCCAACGAUCCUGACCGAGCUGGGACGACGAGCCAUCAGCGAGGAGCCGACAGGGCGUCUAUCGCGCUACAGUUUUGGAAGCAUUCGGAUGAGCGACUUUGGCUCGGAGCUCGAGAUCAGGAGACAAUCUAAUCAGCGUGAGCAGACGAAGACACUUAGGUUGCAGGAUGAAUAUAGUGGAAUUGGACUCGACUAUGAGCCCUUGGAUUUGGGAGGAGAGACUGAACACCUGGGAAACCUUGGCCGACGGUCCCCUUCUCCGCCACCAGCCGAAGAGAGUACUAUGAACAUACAACCUCUGGAGGAAAGCUUCCAGUUGGAAAUUCAGGGUAGAGAAGCGGUCUCAAGCCAUGCUCAGACUGCGCGUGCAGAAGAGUUUCUCGAAGUUCCAACAGCACUGGAGGAUUCCCGGAUCGUGACGCAGAGCUCUCCAGCAGCUGCACCAUCUACGGGAGCAGGCUCGCCGGGGCAGAUCUCGAUCAUGGAUGAAGUUGCACCUGCUGCGCCAUUAUCACGGCCUCGCCGCAAGAAAGUUAAAUUGACGCGGCACGGUGAGAUGGUGCCUUCCUUGCCCUCCAGCCUCAUCAAACGGAUUGCAAUCGACGCUCAUGCCAGACUUGGCCUCCGCAAACCAAGGCUCGGGCGGGACCAGAUGCAAGCUCUCGAGCAAGCAACCGAGUGGUAUUUCGAGCAAGUCGGAGAAGACCUUGCAGCGUAUUCCGAUCACGGUCGGCGAAGGAGGCGUGUUGACCGCAAGGACGUCCUCAUGCUGAUGCGACGACAACGGGUGCUUCAGGGUGACGGGGAGCUUGAGAAGGCCGCUCGGGACCUGCUUCCAGAAGAGGCUGCUCAAGCAGUGAUCCCCGAAACCGCCGUGACCGAGCUUGACGACACAGUGGAGUGA